AUGAUUGCUAAUUAUUGCAUAUCCGUAGUUCUUUAUAUAUUUCUAUACCUUGUUGACAAAACUGAAGCUUCUGUAUCAGAUAUACCAUGGUCAGUUGGCACCCCUCAUAUCUUAUCUAGCCUUGAGAAGGCACAACAAGUUAUUGAGGAUUCUAGAGUAACCAGUCUAGAAGAAUUUGUUGUUGAAAACUGCGGGAAUUUCGAUCAACUUCGAGAAAGUGAUUCAUCAUAUAAAAAGGAAAUGUGGAAGUGGUUCAAAUCGUGGCAUUCCGAUUAUAGUGUCUUAGCAGGAAUCAUUUUUGAAAAUGUGAUUAUUGCAGAUUCUAACAAAACUGAAAUAGACAUAAAACCAUUGUUAUCAAGUUAUUUAGAUACAUUGGUUUGGAGAGAAAUUACCAGCUGUUUGAUAUUUGGUGUUUCAAUUUUUACCUUUAUUGUUGUCUCUCUUGGGUUUGUAUUGUGCAGAAUAUUGAACGACAGAGUUGUUUCAUUUGAAGAAACAUCUAACGGAUUAUGGAAAGUAAAACUGAGCAUAUAUAUAUUAACUAUCUUACUAUGUGUAUUAUGUGUGAUUUAUGUUGCUCUUUCUGUUGUGAUUAUCAUUAACUUUAUUAGCUUUUCAAAUUCAUUUUCAACGUCAGUUUGUUGGUUUGCAAUAGGAGCAGAUGCAUUUUCUAAUGGUAACAUCAAUAUUAACAAAACAUCUGGUUCAUUUAGUAUUACGGAAACAUCUUUAAAAACAAAUACAACUGUUCCUUUUAUUGGGUCUCUACCACUUUACGGUCUUUUUCAGGAAUUGGGCUCAGUCGAAGUAUUAAUUAAUUUACUUAAUGAUAUACUUAGUUAUAUCAAUAAUGCAGGGUUUCCAACUGUACUUAGUAAACGGUUAACUGAAUUUGUAGAUGUUUUUACAAAUGCAUCAGUAAUUAAUCCUAUUGGUACAGAUUGGUAUAUUCCUGCCAAAGAUUCACUUAAAGAUUCAGUAUUGAAUGCUGCAAAUUCGUUUUUACCAGUAAAUGACACUUUGUACAAUUCAAUGUAUCCAGUUUUAGAAAAAAUUGUUUUUCUUUCAAAUUCAAUUGAUAUUUCAACAAUGACUUUUAGUGUUGAUGAAUAUUUUGAAAUUUUCCAGAAAUUCAUUUCAUAUAUAUUGUUAUUUUUAAACGUUUCUAGAACCACAAGCAACAUUGUUUUUGGAUUAACUACAGCAUUAUGUGCAUUGUCUAUGAUUAUUGGAAUUAUUUCUAUAAUUUUUUCGAUUCUUCACAUAAAACUAUUUUUGUCCGGAAAAAGUCAUAUUGGGUUUUUUCAAAGUAGGUCAGCGUUGGUCGCUGCUGCAUUCAUAUUAAUGGGAUUAUCCACGAUUGCUUCAUUCGUUUCAUACACUCUAACAGUUGCAGGAACUGUCGGAAAAGAUUAUUGUGGUUGGAUAGUUGAUGAUUUAUUCAGUCCCACAGGGAUGAAUUGGAUUUCGACGGUAAGUCCUCAAUUAGGGAUGAUUAUGAGUGUAUGUAUGUAUCCUCUGGCAUCAUAUAUCAAGAUUAAAGACGUUGAAAAAAGAGAUCUAGUAGAUAAGGAUUAUAUAUUGGAUAAAAUAAGAGUUUUAGAAUCCCAGGGAAUUAAAAAUCAUAUAUAUUUAGAUUUAUAUAAGAAACUUCAAAGUAAUAAAUUCCAAGAUAGAGAAAAUGUUAAUAACUUAAUUUUCAACUCCUCUUAUAAAAAAUUUGAAAUUUUAUCGGAUCAUAUUAAUAAUUUCUAUACCAAUCGCAGUUUAAAAAAUGAAUUAAAAUUUGAAAAUUUGAACAUGAAAAAUAGGGGAAUGAAUGAAGAUGGCAUAAUUUCGGAUUUGUUUUUGGCUAAUAAUAACAAAUUAAAUUUAAAAAGUAGCUCAAAUGAUAUUUUGCUUGCAGAAAGGUUUGGCAAUCAAGAAGUUGUUGGCUUGUUGGAUGAUGCACCAAUAGAAAGCAGUUUGGCAUAUUUGCUGGUUAAUUUAUUACCAAAUAAUUUUGUUGAUGCCCUUUCAAAAAUUGUUUCUGAUUUUUUAAAUAUAAUUACUACUGGCCAAACGAUAGCAGAGCAGUGCUUUAAUUAUAUCAACGUAACUGACUACAUUCAAUAUUCUCUAAUGUACUUCCCAGACGUAGAGAAGUCCUCUGCAGAUAAUCAAGAUGUUCCUGUAUUAGUCUUAAUAACUCAAAGCUACAGAGAAGAAAAUUGGUUAACGAAGAGUUCAAUAUUUGGCUAUAACACUUAUACAGCCUUAUGUAGCAGUCCAAACGCUGAUGUUUCGGCUCUAAUGAUUUCUCAAUCAUUACCCUUUAAGAUCCCAGGUUUAGAAGUCCUUCAAUCAAUCAUUUAUCCAUAUAAAAUCGAAUACUUGACAGAUUCUUUGAGAAAAUUGCUCGAAGAACAAGAUAAUUAUAUGAAUAACCCUACUUCGACAUUUUCAUUCUUUAUUGAAAAUAUCUUCGAACCAACAUCACCUAUUUUGCUCGGAAGCUCAAACUCAGGAGAAGAUUUAAUAAUCUCAGAAAAUACAGAUAUAGAUAAGCUGGAAAUUGAUAAAUAUCAUCAAUAUAAUAAAUAUUUUGUGGACUACCCAAUUUCAAGUUUUAAAAGUACGCUUGAAUGGGUAAAAAAAUUAAUGAAAUUAUACAAUUACGAUUUUUUUUGCCAUCCGUUCUCAUGGCUAGAUAUUGAUAAUAUAAAGGCAAACCCCAAUUCCGGAAACAACAGUCUAUAUAUCAAACAUUAUAAUAAUGCAUGCAACUAUGUUGAAUUUCAGGAAUACAUUACUAGUAUAAGUUACGACUAUAUAAUAAACCCAACUAUCAUUGCACAUAGUGAAGUUAACAGAUUAAAUUUAAUUCUUAAUGAUAGAAUAAGGAAAAUGUUCGGGAGCGCAAUAAUUUUAGCUAGUAUCAAAACUGAGGCUCAUAAUUGUGGUCAGGUCUCAGUUGACUUUACUGAUGGAAUUGUUACAUUUUGUGGAAUGGUUGGCAAAACAAAAGACACCCUUAUUGUUAUCUUAAAUAUUGCUACAUUUAUAGGCUUUGCAAUUAGUAUUAUAAUCGGGAUAAUAUGGUUAAUUUCAUUAAGAUAUGAAUCAAGGAUUGCAGACUCAAUUAUGGAAAUGGAACAGUCCAGCAACGAAUCAGUGGGUAAUUUAGGGCAAGACGAAGGUGUUGAUGUUAAAGUUAAUGAUGCAAAUGUUAAUCAUUGA